AUGGGAAACUGUCUAAAAGUUACAAACGAAGAAGAUUCACAGUGUUCAACUAAUGAAGAAUUACAUUCUUCUGAUUCUAAAUGUAAAAAUUCAUUAACUUGUAGAAAAAAUAGUAAUAAUAGUAUUACUGCUAGUGGUUGUAGUAUACACGAAAAUGCCUUAAAUGCACAACAAGCUGGUGAUAAUAUUAACGAAAAUGAAUCACAUAAAAUCUGUGAUACAGGUAGUAGUAAUGCAAAUCAUAGAAUAACAACAAUAAAGGUUGAUGCAAAUGAUAUAAGUCAUGGUAAUGUAAUGAGUUAUAAUAAUAAAUUGAAUCAUAUACAAGAGAAUGAGUAUACUUCAACAAUGAAAGCUGAUGGUGAUGUAUAUCAUGAUUGUGAAACUGGUUCAUCAUUUGCUGAAACCUGGGAUCCUGUUCUUUUUGAUCGUAUACCUGUUCAACAAAAUUUUAAACAAACUGAAUUAAGACAGGAGAAUCAGCUGGGUAAGAAUAGCCGGGAUAAGUAUCAGAUAAAUAAUAACUUGGAUGUUUAUAAUAAACAAAAUCGAUUACCGCUAAUAAGUACUUCUAUACUUGGAUUUACUGUAUUACGAUCAGAUAUACCCGAUUCAGUAGAAUGGCUGCGUAAUGGAGAAGUUGAAAAUCCAAAGAUUAAUUUAAACAAAUAUCUAAUUAAAGGUAAAUGUAAUAAUAAUAAUAGAAAGUUAGAUAAUGGUAAUGAAAAUAAUACGAAUGCUGAUGAAUUAGACGAUGCUGUCUUAAAAUGUGGAUUUACAUCAAUCCAUGAUAGUUGGCUACGUUAUACAAUGUUUAUUCAUCAAGAAAAAUCAGAUAGUAUUCAAUUUCUUACUACUUAUCGUAAAAUGAAGCAUAUUUUUCUUAGUUUAGAAGUAAGAACUGGUUGUGAGAUUCGAAUGAGUCGACGUUUAUUCCUGUAUAAAGGAAAAUUAGUACGUACAAUUGUUAUUGACGGUCCAACAAGACAACAAAUACUCCGGUGUUAUUCAAGUCUACCUGAACUGUUAACUCGUUUAAUGAUACUGGAAUGUGAACGACCAAGUGAAAUAGAAUCAAGAACAUUGAAUAAAUUUAAGAAAAAUAAUGAAAGAGGAUUUAGAAUGCUUACAUCAUUAUUUCAAAAACCUGUAUUAACAGCUUAG